AUGGACGAUUCUGAUGACUUGUUCGAGGCUAGUGAAGGUGAUUUUGACGAUGAGUUUGGAACUGAAUAUGACAACGAGUAUGAGGAUCCCAACAUGUGUUUUGAUGUUCCUCAAGACACACCAACAACUUCUGAGGAUCACAGUCAAUAUUUCAAUGUGGGUGUUGAGUUUGAAACUGGGAAAGAAUUAGUGGCAUGGGGACGUGAAAAACGAACCGAAAGUGUGAAGCAACGGAAUGUGGGAACAAAGAAAUGUGGAUGUCCGUUUCGUAUAUACUGUAGCAAAAAUCGAAACGAUGGACUAUGGCGAAUAAAUUUGAAAAAUGGCAUCCACACUCAUCCGACGCUACCGUAUUUUACCGGACAAGGACCGGAUAGUCGUUUGACACCAGAAGAAUACGAGGUAGUGAAGUUACUUAGAAGGAGCCACGUGAAGCCGGCAUUAAUCAUGGAUCGACUGAGGAAGGAUAAUCUACAGACAUCAACGAGUCUAUGCACAUGUUUAUAUGCUGAGUCUGGUCAUUCGGUGGGAGCUAACCACCCUGUUGUUCUAUAG